CUAGUCCUAUCUACUGAUCUGGCGAGCGAGACAAGCGAAAAUGAGUGAAUCCUGCGCCGUGUGUGUUCUCCGAAUUCUGACUCCCGUCGUUCGUCGCCUGGCGCAUUGCGAGCAGAAUUGCCCCGCUGCUUCUUGCAGGGCGGAGGAGAGUUGUUGACGUGCUGCGAGGGCCGCGAUUCCGUGUCGCACGCAGCCGAUAUCGUCUGCAGAGCGUAGCAUGGCAGCGCCUCGCAAAUUUGCCGAGAAGAUUGCUCUCCUGCAGCAGAAGGAUAGAGAACAGACGGAGCAGUAUGAUCGCUUGAUUCACGAGGUGUCAGCCACCAAAAUGGGAGCACCCGCCAUGCCCCUGGCACAUGCACAUGGCAUGUACCCCACACCGGACUUCCACCGAGGCAAUCGCAUGGCACACUCGUCUCCCAACCUUCACCAGUACCCGUCCACUGCCGCCGGAGGCCCUGCUCUCUUCAGUGAUUACUACGCACUGGAACGAGGCGGUUAUGUGGACGGCUCGGGUCAGUUACUGCACGAUACCUCACACAGUCACGGUGGAGGCGGUGGCUUUGGCCACUACCAGAUGCAGAACCAGCUGCACUGCAGCUCAGCGACCGAGCUCGCUGGUGCGGCCACCUCGCUGUCCAACAACAUGUACCGCGCAGCGUCGGAAUCUCCCGCCUCGUCGUCACACGCUUCGUAUCAUUACAACAGUCACCAACAUCACCAGCACCUCCAGCAGCAGCAACAGCAGCAGCAGCAACAGCAGCAGCAGCUACUGGCACAGCAGGCGCACGGACGGAAGAGCAGCGCGCCACCCGUGAUGGGAGCCAGACAUCCGUACAUGGAGUCUACAGCACAGCAGCAACUCCAGCAGCAGUCCGGCAUACAUCCAGUCAUUCCCAACCACGUGAUGGCUAACUCUCAACAGGGCAGUCCGCGCAGGAAUGUCUCAAACUCUGACUCGGAUUUGCGUACACCUCCACCACUUCAGCCUGGCCACAGUCUUGCGUCUGCUGGUAAUGACAGUUCGCAUCGUCAUCAUGCUGCUACCGCCGCUGCCCAGCUACAGCAUGAGCACACACUACUGGGUGACAAUGCUACCACUGGCGGUGGUGUGCCAUCAUCGGCAUCACAUGGCAUGGCAGCGGCCGGUAGUGGCCUUCGAUCUGCCGGCCACGGUGCAAGCCAAACUGCAGCGUGGAUGCAUGGAUCACAGCCAGCUGGUGGUGGUGGUGGUGGCCAGGCACUAUCAGAGAGCAACCGACUAGCGUUAGCCAAGGCUGGAUCCCUGCCCAACCUGAACGAACAGCAGCAGCAACAGCAGCAGGGUGCGUUUCCCUUCAUCAACCCCCUACCUGCAUACAGCGAUGGCCACACAGCUACUGGCCACCGAGGAGGAGGAGGAGGCAGCGGCGCCGCCAUGGCAAUGAUCACCGGUAGCGACGGGCACCUGGUCAGUGUGGAGCGGCAUGCCGGGGACAACAUGAUGUCAUCGUUAACAACGCGAGGCAGCGCUGUGGCUGUAGCCAGUAAUAGUCACACUACUGCUGUCAGUGGUGGUGCAGGUGCUGCAGGUGCUGGUGCAAAGCAAGGUGAUACCAUGAACAGAGUACAUCCUCUUCUCCCAGGCUCCAGCCAGAGUUUGACGAACAUCCACCAGCGCAGGACGUCAUCCUCCGGUGGCGGAAGUGGCCUACCGGCAUCGUCCAUGCCACCAGCUAUCGGCACAGCUGCCGGUGGUGGUGGUGGUGGCGGCGGUAGUGGCGGUGGCGGUGCCGUGAGAUUGAAGCGGAGCACAUCGGCACUGACUCGCAACCAGAAACCCUAUUCCCAGAUUUCAUCGGCGUCUAGCAUACCGGAGUUAUGUAGUAUAGACCCAAUUCAGCGAGCACAGCAACAACAGCAACAACAACAACAACAACAACAACAACAACAACAACAACAACAACAACAACAACAACAACAACAACAACAACAACAACAUCACCAGCAGCAACAGCAGCAGUUCAGUAGUAAGCAGUCUAGCCCAGGCGGUGCCAAUUUGCCAGCGUCGUCUCUAGUCGGGUCAUCGUCAGCGCUCACCAGCCAUGAUCAUCUGCAACAGUCCUUCCUCUCCUCUACCGCAUCAUCCACGUAUCUCACCGACACCAACAGCACACAUGCCACGCAGGCCGCCGUAUCCGCAAUGUCGACAAUAACGGGAGUAGGGGACACGGUCGGGGGAGGAGGAGGCCUUCCCGCCGACCUCACCAUGAGCUCGGAGAAGACGCAGAGCUUCCUGGGUGGCCCGCGUACGUUCGCCAGGGAUGACGCCACUGCCACCGCAGGACACGGCCAAGGCUUGGAGUCGUUUACGCUUGCCCUGCAACGCCAGCAACAGCAGCAGCAGCAUGAACUCCUGCUAGGUCACCAGCAACAGCAGCGGCAGCAACAGCAGCGGCAGCAACAGCAGCAGGAGGCCAUGGCUGCUAUGGGUGGGCCGCUUGACUACCAACGAUCAGGAGCA